GUUAGUCCUUGUUGUCCACUGUCUAAAAAUGGUGGCCUACAUUGUCAGCACCUCGUCAGGCCUAUAUAUAUUAUGAUAUAUUAACCUUCAAAGCGAGGACAAGACACCUCUUGCACCACAGAAAUGACGUCUAGACAGAGGUUUAGCAACGAUGCAUUACGAACGAGUACGGUCUUACGGCUGUAGCCAUUAUUGAAAACGGUAUAGCAAUUGCUGUCAUACACCUCUAGCUCAAGAGCGCAUGCUCUGGGUAGUGUAGUUCAACUCGAGGCUAAUAAUAGGCGCGUUGGAGGCAGGUAUGUUGUUGCCAAAUAACGUCGAUAUGGGAGCUGGAGGAUCCGUGGAAGCGCUUCCAGGGGCCAAGAAGUUGCAGUGCUUUGUGGCUAUGAAAGCGUUCAACCUUCGCCACUCAGAGUCCAAGACGCUAGCGCAGCAGUUUCAAGGGCUGUGUCGCCACGACAGUUCGACAGGCGUCGACUACAUGGAUUGCGAUGCCUUGUGCGCCUAUUUGCAGAUCCCACUGCCGCGCAAAGACGCCCUCAUCAGGCUCUUCAACGUUCAAGCGGACAACCGCGUGGGGUACGCCGACUUUUUACGAUUCCUCCAAUAUGCGUCGCCGUCGCUUCCAAGAUGUGAAACCCCAUCGCAACAAAGUCCGGUCGUGAACUCCCACGAAGUGCCUCCGCCCCCAAGCAACAACAACCAACGGUCGCCCCUUAAGGAAAAUCAGCUAGCGCUCCUAACAACCCUCACAAAACCACAAGUAGCAGGGGCGGCAACUCGUGUCCUAACGCCAGGCCUUUGGAAAAAGCGCGAAAUUACAAUCCAAGAGCGCAUUGUCGAAUACACCAAGAUCGACGACGACGGCAACCCUCAACAUUUGAUUGAAAAGGAAAAACACCAGCACGAGAUCAUCCACAUGGAAUCGACCACGGGCGAGUUUGCCCACCGCGAAAUCACGUACUUUGAGCAGUCGGAAGAACUGAACAAAGAAAUCGUGCACUUGGACACUGGCAAGGAAGAGUUCGUGCACUUGAAGUCCAAGGACGACGAGAUUUCGCAUUUUGAGUCGACCAUGCCCCAGAGUCGCCAGCCGGAAGCGUGUGAGCCACCGCCUCCGUCCCCCACCAUCAAGCGAGACAUGAGUCAGUGCCCCAUGGAACAACCGGAAACAACCCACGACAACCAAUGACGUAUUCAAUCGCAUUUUGUGACUUUGUGUGUUAUUCUGGCUGUGGCUUGGAGUUUCCAAAGGCAAUCACGCUGCAAAUGUAGUCCUGGAACUCUUGGCAUGUCAGGCCUUCUCGAGAUAUGACCUUCAAUGGCGCCACCGACAGCGGCUCUUUCGGGGAGAAUUCGGUCAGGGGGUCGCCAGUGGCGCCAGGGGACAGCGACAACUCGACGCGGAAUCGAUGCGGAUCUAAGCUAUGAUAGCCCCCUACACCAAGAAUUCAGACAUGAUUACGAGUGUACGAACCCACCUCGCUCAAACACUCGCACGAC